AUGCUGGGUGCGAUGAACCCAAUGAAUCUAAUGCCUUUCGGCUCCGAGAAGGAGGAGAAGGAAGCUGAUGAGGUGAAGGCGCUGGCGAUGCAUGCGAAGAUGGGAGGAACCAGCCUUGACACGCAGGAGCUCUGCAACAUGAACUGCAAAAUGGCCGGUCUCAUGGGCGCUGCUGCUGGAGGGGCUGCUGGCCAUGUGGUCGAGAAGAAAUUGAAAGAGAAGUCGGAGGCAGAAGCUACUGCGGACCAAGAAGCAGAAGCCGAAGAAGCUCCGGCUGCUGCGGCCGCUCCCGCUCCAGCUCCAUACAAAGGUGGUGGGAAAGGUGGUGGCUACGGCUAUCCCCCGCCACCGCCUCCAGGAUACUACCGACAUCCCCCGCCUCCGUACCGACGCCCUCCACCCUACUACCACGGCGGCGGAGGCGGUCCACCCCCGCGGCAGUCCUUCAUGUGA